ACUUUUCCUGUGUUUUUUAAAGAAUCUCAUUAAUCAAGAUUGAAACGAAUAUUUUAUGAAAUUUAAUAUAGGUCUACACCUAACGAAAUCUUUUUUUUCUAUUAAUUAUGGCUACUAAGGAGUUUGCGCUCAAUAAUUUGUGAUUAUGUCUGCGCGUAAUUAUUUAUCAGCCCGUGAAAAGAAUAUUAACAGAUACAUUGAUUCCUUACCGCAUAUAAAUUCGCAAAAGUUUGCUUAUCGUUCUGAGUUGCCUGCUCUAUCGGCUAGCAAGAAUAAUCUAGUGAACCGUAACUUAAACUAUUCUUUCGAAGUGCCCUUUCGUUUGGGCAGUGCUGAGAGACCUGCUACUCCAUUUUCAGACUUCUUUUCGGAGAGUGAGACAGGGACCCCAGAUUUCCGCAGUGAAGAAAGUGACAGCAGUGCAGGCUCAGCAUUAUUAAGGAGUACAGCAGAAGCCACAAGGACCUUGGCGGCAGAGUGGGAGAGGAUAGAGCGGACUCUGUACAAUGAGGAAGGGGAGAAAACCAAUCGGCCACAGAUCAUCGAGGAGUGCAAGCAGUGGCGGCAGUUGCAUCCACAGCUUAGGGUCAUCGGAAAAGCUAUGUCGCUACCAGAAAAGCGGCCAUCAUUCAGAGGAAUCGAACAUGACGAGGUAAUAGCUAUGCACUACAGUGAUUACGAAGCAUUCAGUGAAAGCGAGGAGCGCCUGUCUCAGAGCAGCACCGACGUCACACCUCAGAACUCCCCGAGAAUAUCCAUAGAAAACCUGAGCGAGACCAAAAUGCAGCGUGAAAAGGUAAAUCUAUUUCCUAUGUUUGGAGAUGAGCAUGAGCUUCCAGACUCAUUUUGCUCGCUCCUUCACAUUACACCGAUACAAAUACGCAGUCCUUUACAAAGGAAACGACAGAAUCCUUUUAUAAAAUCGGAAAUCGCAUCGUCACGCUGGAUGCGCAACUCGCGACCUGAAUCAUCGGUAAACUAUGAUCGGAACAGUGCUAAGUCUUUUGUUUCUUUGGAUCCGUCAAAUUAUGUAACGGCUCUGAGCGCUUCGGAGCGCAAAAACGGGAUAAAUGGCAGAGUUAUCACGGCGAAAAGCAGAGAUUUGGCCAAAUUGGAGCCGCUACAUACUCCUGAGUACCAUGACACUCACAGGUUGCGCAGUGCGUUUGGCCAACAUAAUAAUGCGAGAAAGGUUUCGCUUCCACCAUUAUUACUGGAGGAAGAAAAACGAAAAGUUAGUGCAGGAAAAAAACAUAAUAUGAAAACGAGGAAAUCAUCAAAACAUGUGUAUAAUUUGGACAGGCUUAAAUAAC